AUGGAUUCUGUAAAAGAGAAUGUCAUUCCUACAGUAAUAAUUCGUCCUGUCCGUUCCGUUCCAUCGGAACUUGAGCAGUGUAAAUCACUGAUACGUACGCUAUGGCUCGAUCAACACUUUCCUCAAAACUUUCUCGAUCGAGUGAUUAAAGCUGGUGAUAGUGAACUGUGCCACGUUGAAGAAAAGUAUCUAAAAAGUCCUCGUAAUCACUGGUGGGUAGCUCAGCUUAACGACAACAAAAUUGUCGGGCAAGUAUCGUUACGACCAAUGUCAAGUGGUGGUGGCGAGGAUUCUAGUCGUUUUUACAAGUACAUUGAUCCGCAAGAUUACUGUGAACUGCGGCAUUUGGCUGUCUUGCCCGAAUAUCAAAGACAACAAAUCGGCUACAGACUAUUAAAGGCUUCAAUUGAAUUUGCUCGUCAAAACAAGUACAAAGCUUUGUACGUGAACACAAUGCUUAGUAUGAAACGUGCAUGUGAGUUCUAUGAACGAUGUGGCUUUGAACGAGCUCCUGAAAUUGAACGUCAUGAGUUAGCUAAUACAAAGAAAAUAAAACUGUUUAAUAAUAUCGAUCAGUUAACAGAAGAUGACUGGAACGAGAUUAAGAACCUGGGAGAAACGGAAGUUAAACAUUAUUAUGAUCAAAGUUAUUUUAUGAAGUUAUAA